GCAAAAAUUAUCCACAAAACUCUCUUGAGGGAGGGAAAAUUCCUUCGCAAUGUCACUAUCACUAUACUCCUCAAAAUUCUCAGAACAGUGCUGUGCAGUCCUCCCAGCAAUUACGACGUACUUUUGCUUCUGUGGCGCGUAUUUUCCGAAUUUAUAACAAGCAUCGCCCUAUGGACUUUGUUUAAUUUUCAAGAACCACAUUUUAGUUUUGUUUACAAAUUCCCUCUGCAAAUUGAGACGUUUCAAGUGAUUGUGCAUUCGUGAAAUUGGAUUAAUUAUAGCAAAAGUGCGCAACGGAAAGCACUGAGAGAAAAUUUUGCCAUCAUGACGUUGUGAUAAAGUAAAAGAAAAAUGUGUAAAAGUGCGUAAUGUGAUUUGUAGGAGUGUUUAGAAACUUUGACUCAACUUAAUGCAAUAAAUUGUCCAAUGCGUAAAAAAAGUAACGAGCGAAAAGGAGAAAAUUCCCAAAGGGAGAAAGAAAAAUAACAACUAAAAAAAAAGAACGCAAAGAAGGUCUCAAAAAAGGUGCCAGAAUUUGGUAAACUUCCUCUGAUAAUGACUGAAUCUCAAGACUUUACCCGCCUAGCAGCUAUUAAAAGCUAAAAUCUGAUACGAAUUGUAAUAUCUAACUCUAGACCUUCGUACUACAAUAAAAAAAGUAAAAGCACGCGCACACUGACACGCACUACCAGCAACUACUUAAGGUUGUGGGUGGAGAAUGAGCUUUUGAAUAAAUCACACCAUUAGGAAGAGCAAAAAAAAAGAGAGACGAGCGACGAGAGAAGUUUGUGAGUCAUCGUUGUCGGAGUAAUCAUUUGUGGAGCUGGAGAAAGGAAAAUGUGGAAAUGGUAGUUUUUUCGGGUGGAGGAGAGAGAAGCAAUACCUCCCCCCGUGUACUACAUAUACACUGUGGACUGUGUGUCUAAAUUUAGAUACAAAUCGAUAUUUCAGUAAAUAAAUAAAGUUUGAUCCUCCUCAUCUGCGGGAGAUAUCAGAAUAAAGUGAUUAGAUAUGCAAAUAGUUCUUGUGCAACAAUGGCCGGUCCGCAUUCGCAAAGACCCAUCAAUGUGUACGCGACGGAAAUGGCUGAGGUGUCAUCGCGUACCCCAUUGCAUCAGGCCCCGGAGGCCGGACGUGGAGUGGCCGUCGAAGUGGCUGAAACAACGGGAAUUGGAAGACGUGCGGAAGAUGGCAAUGAUGUCACGGAGCCCCCCAUAAAUGCAAUAGUGACAAGAGGUUCCUCCAAGGAGGAAGCCGAUGUUGAAGGCACCACUAAGCGAAGAAGAAAUAAGCACAGGCCUCUUCUCAGGCGCCUCUUCAACUAUGUUAAGAAUACUCUAAUAGGAACCAAGUCUUCAGCUGAUGAUAUUGAUUUAGAAGAGCUUGAACUGCCACCCCGAUACAGACCUGAGUCCAUAAGUGCCCUAUGCCAAAUAACACGAUUCAACGAGGCCGAAAUCAAGAGGAUUUAUCGGGGCUUCAAGGCCGAAUGUCCUUCCGGAGUCGUUCGAGAGGACACCUUCAAGCUUAUCUACUCACAAUUCUUCACGCAAAGUGGUUUGGCCAACAGUGGACCAUAUGCUCACUACGUGUUCAACACGCUAGAUCAGGACAAUAGUGGCAUCAUUAAUUUUGAGGAUUUUAUACAAACACUGUCGAUUCUAUCUCGGGGCUCGUUAGAGGAGAAAUUGACGUGGACAUUUGCAUUGUAUGACAUAAAUGGCGAUGGGUAUGUGACCAAAGAGGAGAUGACCGACAUCGUAACAGCGAUUUACGAUAUGGUUGAACUAGCACCAACGGAAACGCGUGCUAUUGAGGAGCACAUAAAGACCAAGGUAGAUUCUCUCUUUCAGAAAAUGGAUACAAAUCGAGAUGGGGUCGUUACGUUAGAGGAAUUUAUCGAUUGUUGUCGCAACGAUGAGGUCAUCUCGAAUUCGAUGACAAUUUUCGAUGCCAUCGUAUUAUGACGUUACCAAUUAAAUUAAGAGCGAUAUAUUUUAGUUUAGAUAUACCAUACUGUAUUUAGAAGAAAAAAAUGAGAAUUUUUUUGAAUGUAAAAGCCAAUGUACUCAAAAUAUUUCUAAAAAUUAGUAAAUUGAAAAAAAAAGUAAUAAAUACCUAAAUUCUGAUGUAAUUGAAACGAAGUGUGUUUCCCCCCAAUUUGCAAACCAAAUCAAAUUUCUAAAAAAUUCUGAUGAAAUGAAAACUUUUCAAAAUUCAAUCUCUCACUUAAAAUUAUCAUGUUACUAUCGUCGUUUGCAUUAGUACUUGUCGUAAAUGAAAUUCCAACCAAUUUAUUCGACAAUGCGCUGAUCUAGACGACGAUAUGAAUUAUAUAUAAAACUUCUGUGAUAUUGCAAAUGACUUUGAGAUGAAAGGAUCUUUAAAAAAAAACUUCAAUGUUAAUUGUAGGAAAAUCUACUGAAAAUAUAAAACUCUGUUGCAGGAUGAUUGUAUUUUUGGUAUAAAUAAAUAGAGACCACUUCUGUGUAUUCUCUGAUAAUGGUUAUACCUUCACCUGUUAUAUAGGCUCUCUUUUUAGGAAAAACAAAAUGAAAAUUAUGAACACAUGAAAACUUCUAACUGUUAAUUAUAUAUUUAGAAAAUGAACAAUGAACUUGUUAGGACAAAUAAAGUAUUUCCUCUUCCCAUAUUCUUCAAAUACAGUAAAUAACAAAUAAUUAAAAAUGAAAAUAUCGAAGAAAUCUAAUAAAUUAAAUGUCAACUUUUCUCUUCUUCCUCUUCUUUUAAAUAUGAUGAACAAAAAAAAUGUAAAAGAUAGGAAAUCUUGUUAAAUGUGAAAAAUUAUGUGUGAAAAUGUAGGAAAUUGUACGAAAAUAUAUAAAUUUUACAGUAUAAUCUCAA